ACGGGGUGAGAAAACUGUGGCAUGGCGUGCGAUGACUCCUCGCGAGGACACUCCUCCCCUUUAUAUUGUCCCCUUCAUUAACUUCCCACAGCGAGAACGAGGACGAGGACGACGACGACGGAGGAAGAAGAAGAGGAGUAGAUCGUAGUAGUUGUCACAGUCUCCUUCGGAUCGUGCGGUUUUUUUUGGACCUGCUACUUAUUCUGCUUCUUUGUCUUCGCCUUGAUCGGAUUAGGGUUUAGGGCUUUGGGCGAAGGUGGAGCGAUCCAAGAUCGAGCUCUUCUGAUGCGGAUCUGUGAGAAGAAAUCUUUGAUGUAGAUAGAAGUGACAUAUGUACAAAUUUGAGAGGUAUCAUUCCAAAAUACAAGUGGAUAUGAGUUGGUGCUGCUUUCCCUCUAGGAAAAGGAAUGAUCCUUAUCCUCCACAAGAGUUAGGUGUUUUUUCAUCACCUAAAAACAUAAAGCUCUUCUCCUACGAAGAACUGAGAUCAGCAACAGAUAAUUUUCACCGAGGCAAUAAGAUUGGUAGAGGUGGUUUUGGAACAGUUUAUAAGGGAAUUCUUAAUAGUGGACGGGAAGUUGCAGUGAAAGUACUUUCUGCAGAAUCAAGGCAAGGGGUUAAGGAAUUUCUGACUGAGAUUGAUGUCAUCACAAAUGUUAGGCAUCAAAACCUUGUCGAACUACUAGGCUGCUGUGUCCAGGCCAAUAAUCGUAUUUUAGUAUACGAGUUCUUGGCAAACAGCAGUCUUGACCGUGCAUUAUUAGGUUCGAAUAGUGAUCCUUCCAAACUAGACUGGAGCAUAAGAUCUGCAAUAUGUCUGGGUACUGCUAGAGGUCUUGCCUUUCUUCAUGAAGAGCUUGAACCACCUAUUGUGCAUAGAGACAUCAAAGCUAGUAAUAUUCUCCUCGACAGAGAUUAUAUUCCUAAAAUUGGAGACUUUGGUCUAGCCAAGUUAUUUCCGGAUAAUGUCACCCAUAUUAGCACCCGUGUAGCUGGAACAACUGGUUAUUUGGCGCCAGAGUAUGCGUUGCAUGGGCAACUAACAAAGAAGGCCGAUAUUUAUAGCUUCGGGGUGCUUGUGCUUGAAAUAGUCAGUGGCAAGAGUAGUUCAAAGUCUCUCUGGUCAGAAUCGGGGAAGCUUCUUUUGGAAUUGGCAUGGCAGCUUUACGAAGAAGGGAACCUCAAGAGGCUGGUGGAUACGGCGCUUAAAGAAUAUCCGGAAGAGCAAGUUAUUCGGUACAUUAAAGUAGCCCUUUUUUGCAUCCAAGCAGCAGCAGGGCGUAGGCCCUCCAUGCUGCAGGUCAUAGAUAUGUUAUCGAAGCCCAUCCGACUCAAUGAGAAAGAGCUCACCCCGCCGGGAUACAUUGAUGACUACGUGAAUGUGGGCAAAGAAUCAAAAGCAACUACAUCCAGCAAUUUACCAUUCAAGGACUCGUGUUCUGCCGAUACAACUGCUGCAUUCACCUCUAAUCCCGUUACUUUCACCGAAAUGGCUCCAAGGUGAUGCAAAGCCGAUGAUUAACAAUUUUCUUUCAUUGCAGUAGAAUCUGUCUCGCUAGUCUUUGUUCGUUUAGGAUGCGUAAUAUUCAAUUUGUAUUUAUUUUUUUUGCGUGAAAAUACGCAGAUAGUGCUAUAGCACCAUAUGCGAAAGAAUGUAUAUUGUCUUUGAAGAAAAAGCAAUUCUUAUCUUAGUACGUUAGUAGAAGAAGGCUUGUUGGAGAAACUCUCUGGUGCAGCUUUAAACGAGAUUUAAGGGCC